AUGAGGAAGCAGGGACCAGAUGGGGAAGGACAAGAGACGGAUGCCGCUGUUGUCCAACAAGACGAGCAUGUGUCACAAGAGAGCACUCAGGAAACUGAAGAAGUCUCCAGCCCCGCUGUGUUUGUGAACACACGCCGAGGCAAAGGAAACGGUACCAAGAGGAAGAUCUCUGAUACUAAAACUGGGACUGAGUGUGACUCCAAGCUUCCUCCGAGUGCUGCAGAGGCUGACACUGAGGUGGCGGCACGUCAGGGCGCUAAGAAGAGAAAAGUGUCGUCCACCAACGAUCCUGACGAAACUGAGCCUCUGGAGGAUCCUCAGGCCGCUGGCAGUGAGCCGUCAGUCAGUAAGGAUGAAGCACCUGUGCACGGUGAGGCAGAAAAACCUCCCAAAGUGGCAAAAGCUGGUAAAAUUCCUCGUUACCAAGGUCUCCAACUGAAGAGCAAGCCGAUGUUGAAGCCUGUGACUCCCAACUUCAAGAAACUCCACGAGGCACAUUUUAACAAGAUGGAGUCGAUUGACACGUACGUCCAGCGGAAGACCAAGCAGAUUACAGAACUGAAGAAACUUUCAGACAAACCCAAACAGCAGCAAGCUGAUGGCAAAACUCAAGCGAAGCCAAGUCAGAGUCGUGCUUCCAUGUUCAGCCCCGUCCCGGAGAAGAAGAAAGCAGCUGAGGACAAACGCAGACACACUUUGCUCUCAGCCAGUAAAGCUCCUCCGAAUAAACGUGCUGGGAAGGAAGAUGCUCCGUUCAGACCAUCCGUCCUUUCCACCCGGAGGAUCAAUGUUCGGUUUUCAGAAGCCACUCACGACAAUGAAUACAAGAGGUCGAUGGUGAAGACGCCAGCACGCAUGUCGCCCUGCGUGACCUCGAGCACCCCACAGAAAACCUCUGCUGAUGGAGGAAAGCCCAACAAUGUCAAGACUUCGACUUUCUCCGCCACAAAAACUCCAGGCACAUUCGUUUUCACCGGCAACACAAGUACUUUAACAACCCCCGGGACGCAGAAGAAGUCAGCCUUCGAUCUGAAGGCGAGUCUGUCUCGUCCCCUCACCUACAAGCCUCAUACAGGUAAACUGAAGCCGUUUGGAGACACCAAAGAAAACACGGCAGGAAACGUGUCGCUGGUCUCAAACUCUCAUCAGAAAAAUUACAAACAGCACCAGGUCCAGACAAGGGGAGACAGGAGGGCAAAACAAGUGGAAGACAGGAAGCAGAAGAAGGAGAGCAUGCUCGGGGCAAGAAGAGGCCUCGUCAUGAUGUAAAAGUUUGUUUGUAGACGUUUGUACAGCCUGUCGUUCCAGUGUAAAUAUUUUGUCGUCUGCAGCUGACCCAUUUAUUUCUACAUUCUUUCAGCCUGAUGUUGGGAAAUUAGACACGCUCUAUCUAUUGUGCAGUGAUUUUUAGAUUUGACUUGUGCGUUACUUUAACCGCUUUAUAGCUCUGAAUGAUGCGUUUAUGUAUUCUGACGUGUAGAGAAUCGAUGUCCUGUUUUGCUGCAUUUUAAACAGUUAAUUUUGUUCUUAAAAAUUUGAUAUGCUUGCUAUGUUUUUUUUUACUUUUUUUUGGUAAAAGACUGAUAAAAAACAUUGAUGCAAAAGA